UGCCCAAUUAAGCUGUACAGAAACCGGCCAAGACCGACUGGUUGACACCCCUAGCUUGAGAGGUGUGCGGCAUAAUGGACUCGGUGACGGUAGUUUCCGAUGGAGAAGAAGUUGAGACUCUGGUCCGGAUAGGUUCCUAUGGGGAGCCAGUUCGACUCGUUCAGGACUCGGCCGAGGAGAUCUUGCUUUUGUGGGCGAUUCAACAACCAACCCUGUCCAAGCAAAACGCCUUCGUCUGCCAAUCGUCUCUUAAGCUCGAAUUGGAGACUUGUGGUCACCGUCUCAUGAUCUCUCAGUCUCCUUCGUCCAUGAGCACACCAGGAGUAACUGGAGCAGUGAUGUGGGAUAGUGGCAUUAUUUUAGGGAAGUUUUUGGAGCAUGCGGUGGACUCAGGUAGGCUUGUUCUUCAAGGCAAGAAGGUUGUUGAAUUGGGAGCUGGUUGUGGACUAGUAGGCUGUGUUGCAGCUUUUCUGGGUGCUGAGGUUUUUCUUACCGAUCUUCCCGAUCGACUGAGAUUGCUAAAGAAGAACAUUGAAACUAAUGUGAUAGAAAGUGGUGUGCGGGGUUCUGCAACUGUGAGGGAGCUCAUAUGGGGUGAUGAUCUUGACUCAGAGUUAACUGAUCCUCUUCCUGAUUAUGUAUUUGGGUCAGAUGUCAUCUACAGUGAAGGGGCAGUAACAGAUCUGUUGGAAACACUAAAGAAAUUAUGUGGAAUUCAUACUACAGUUAUAUUGGCUGGAGAACUACGAAAUGAUGUUGUUCUUGAAUAUUUUUUGGAUGCUGCGAUGAAGGAGUUUAUUGUUGGGCGCAUGGAUCAGAGACAGUGGCAUCCGGAUUAUCACAGUAGUAGAGUUGCAGUGCUUGUCUUGGAGAGGAAAAAAAGAGAUGAGGGUUGGGAAUUAGAUCCUCCAUGAGUUCCAUUUUGUCUGGAUGGCUCUGCAUGGAGUAAGAUGACAAGGAACCAACUCCUCUUCCCUUCCACAUUAAGAGAGACUGGCAUUCCACUGAUGUACCCUACAUGGGAGCUGGUUC